AUGAAAAGGAAUAGUUGUAGUAAAUAUUUAAUAUUAUUAAUUGUUAUCAUUAGUUGUUGCUUUCUUGGAGUAGUAAGAUCAUCGGAAUUGUAUGAACUUCCAGCCAAUUGGACAAGACCUCCUCGAAAUAUUCGACAAACAGUAAUACCUCAUAGAGAAUGUAGAAUAACAUGUUUUUCAGAGUCAUAUUGGAAUGAUUUUUGUAAUAGUAAAGAAUACUUUAGUAUUGAUUCACCUCUUUAUCAUUUAUGUAAUUCAUGGUGGUCAAAAUCCUUUCCAGUUUGUAUGAAAAGAUGUCAAUAUUUAAGAGAACAAAAAUAA